UGGAAAUGUAAAAUUGCAGUUUUAGAUGGUCAAACGUGAAUAGUUUGGAUUCACGCGGUCCAUUUUGGAGACUUUCAUAUUGUUUUUCAUAACAAACAAUGGGCUGCUCGGAGAUAUUACAGACCAGAACAAAAUGGACAUAGGACUCCACCUUUCUCCGCCUGCUAUCAGCAGUCAUGAGUAACCUGAGUGGGGGGGGGAGGAACCGCCCAGCGCUGUAAAACUUCGUCCUACCCCUCGGACGGUCAAAGUGUAAACGCAGUUAACAAUAGGCUGCAGAUGCAGUCAAACUGAAGCCGAACUCUUACUCGAGGAUUGACAACGUUUUGUUUUAUUUCUACACGCGAUGGGAUCACUACUGAAAAGCAGCAUUUUUAUUCUCCUGGCGUUCUUUCAAGCUCUUGUUCCUGUGGGAGCAGAAGGAAAUGGACGACUGCUGCACAGGCAGAAGAGACACUGGAUCGCACCGCCCCGAAAGCUAAUUGAGAACUAUGAUUACACCGGCCUUGAUUGCGUUGCUAGAAUUCGCUCUGAUAAGGAGGAGUAUGCGAAGAUGCUCUACUAUAUAACAGGGCCUGGCGCUGACCAGGACCCUAUUGGUAGAUUUCGUAUUGACCAUAGCACCGGCUGUUUGAGAGUCUAUUCCAUUCUGGAUCGAGAGGAGAUUGCCUUCUAUCGUUUAAGAGGUGUGGCAAGAUACACCAAUGGGACCCAGGCUGAAAACUACAUUGACCUUAAUAUCACCGUUGAUGAUGAGAAUGACAACGCGCCAGUCAUUCAAUUACAGCAAUUUGGAUAUGUCAAUGAAUCUAGUCGAUCAGGUGUUGUUAUCAUGAAAAUAAUCGCUACUGAUGCCGAUGAUGAGAGAACAGAGAAUGCCCAGCUCUCAUACAGCAUUGUUGAGCAGGCUAACACAGCUGGGUUGUUCUGGAUGAACUCUCGCACUGGAGAGCUCAUGGUUCAAAGUACCUCACUGGAUCGGGAGAAACAAGAUACAUAUAAGUUAAUGAUUAAAGUCUGUGAUUUAAAUGGACGCCCAGGAGGACGAACGUCAACUGGAGAAGUCGAGAUCCGACUUCUCGACAUAAAUGACAACAUUCCAACGCUGGAAAAAGAAAUAUAUGAAGGGCGUAUUGAAGAGAACACUGUCGGUGUGGAAGUUAUGAGGAUAAAAGCCAUUGAUAUGGACCUAAUUCACACAGACAACUGGCUGGCUGCUUUCCAAAUUGUUUCAGGCAAUGAGGGAGGUUAUUUCGAUAUCACUACGGAUGAAAAAACCAAUGAGGGAAUUAUCAUGGUUCGGAAGGCUCUCGACUAUGAGGAACUGAAGGUGAUGAACUUGCGUGUCAUGGUUUCCAACAAAGCAGCGUAUAAUUUUGGCAGCAGUCAGUCUGCGACAGGGGCAACAGGUAUCAAAACCUACCCAGUCACAAUUAAUGUGGUCAAUCAGAAGGAGGGACCUCGUUUCCAACCAAGUGUAAAAGUGGUGACUGUCUCAGAGGAGUACACAUCCACCUCCCUCAGCAAAAUCAUAACUAAUUACGCUGCUAUUGACACUGACACACAAAAGAUUGCCACCAACGUGAGGUAUGCCAAACACCGUGACAUUGACAACUGGUUGAUUAUCGAUGAAAAGACAGCAGACAUCAGGCUGAGUAAACUCCCUGACCGAGAGUCCGUGCACUUGAUCAAUGGAACAUAUUACGCAGAAAUUAUAUGCAUCAGCAAUGAUCUGCCCUCAAAAACUGCUACGGGGACCAUAGCUAUUCAGGUGGAGGACUUCAAUGAUCACUGCCCAAGACUGACCUCCAAAACUCAGACCAUGUGCCUUCAGGAUAGCGUGAUCUAUGUCACUGCUGUAGAUGAAGACCACUUCCCCAAUUCAUCACCAUUUGAAUUUACUGUGGUUGAAGAGAGCACCACAGGGAAGUGGAGAGUGGAGCAUUUUAAUGAAACUACAGUCAUUCUGCGAGAAGAAAACUAUGUGUGGCCUGGCGUCCACAAAGUGACACUGAAGAUCACAGACCAGCAGGGAAAGUCAUGUGCUGAUGCUCAGAUAAUAGAUUUGACUGUAUGUACCUGCAAUAAAAACACCAAAUCCUGUGUGUCGCGCUCUACGUCGACUGCAACUUUUGGAGCUGCGGGUAUUCUGCUGAUGUUGCUGGGACUGCUGCUGCUGCUCUUGGUGCCUCUCCUGUUGCUCGUCUGCCUGUGUGGGAGUACAGCGGCUAUCGGCGAUUUCAAGUCUAUUCCAUACGACACAAAGCAACAGCUGAUCUCAUAUCACACUGAGGGACAGGGAGAAGACAAGGAGGUUCCUCUUAUGCAUGUCCCAGUGGAGGUUGAUGGUGGUGCAGUGACUAAGGAUGUCAACAUGUUUGAGGGACAUGGAUACUUUGGAGGGCUGGCUGAGUUAGGAGGAGGAGCAGGUGGAAGAGGGCCCUAUAAAGGCAGUGCUAUAUACACAUCCAAUAUGACAGCUGACAACAUGAACCUGUACAACCAGUACAAAUACUCCAGUGGACAGAACAUGGACUUCCUGAAUACAGGAACGAUGGCCAGACAAGAUAUGAAUUUCUCUCAAUACAGAGGUGGGGCAUGGGAUGGCAUAGCUCUAGCUGAGGAAUUUCUAUGGGACUACUAUUCAAGAAAAUCCGAUCAUGCUGCACAGCAACCUCAGGUGAAGGACAGUAUGCUGAUCUACAACUAUGAGGGACAAGAGUCGCUGGCAGGUUCUGUAGGCUGCUGCAGCCUUCUUGAAAAUGAUGAUGAUCUUGCAUUCCUUAAUGACCUCGGGCCUAAAUUCAAAACCCUGGCUGAGAUUUGCCAGGGAUCAACCAUGGUCACUGAAUCUGUAGAUGUGGCAGUUUCUUCCACUCCAGUCAGACCCGUCUCUCCUUUCAGGCCUUCCACAUCCACACACACACAUGUCCGUAGUCACACGGAAACCAUCAGGGACAGGGAUCGCGUCAAUAUUAACACCCUAAAUACCUCCAAUGUAUCAUCCGGCUCUUCUACCGUUAUCCAGGAGGAACGUAUCACUGGGAGAGCACAGAGUUCAGCAACUCUUCCCAAUGUACACGUCCAGGACAACAUAGUGAUUCCCAGUCAGACACUGCUCAUACAGCAACCUGCUAUGUACUAUGCUGCUACGCCCAUGUACGUAGUCGAGUCCAAGCCCCAAGUAAUGCUUGUGGCAGGAGGCACGCAGCAGGCAGUGGGUUCAGUAGGCCAAGCUGGGCUAGGUCAUGGGCUGGUGCAAGUCGGUGGCCUCCAAAGUUCCCAGGGUGUGGUACUUGUCGAUAGACAGGGAGGAAUGGGUGAAGCAACAGGGCAGGCAGCACAAGGACUUUCACGAGGAACCAUCUCCAGGUCUAGACAACUAUUAGUGGUGGGGAAUGGAUCCUCAGGAGGGGAGCAAGGUGUGCAUUUAGCGCAGGGCGUUGUGCAGACUGGACAAAGGUCUGCAGAGCAGGGCUUUGAAGUCCGAAGUGUGCCAGUGAAAGCUCAGGGUUUUUCAGUGGAGUCGCACAGUUCUCUAGGGUCAAAUGAGGAAGCUAAGCUGACAGUCACACCCAAGUCACAUGGGACCAAGAGAGUGGUUGUGCAGCAGAAAAAGGUCUUGGUGACAGAGAGAAAUUUGGAGUCUAGUUCAAGAGCUUAGAGCAACCAUUUUCUGUAGCCUCGCUACAAAUAUUACUCCUGUUUUGACAUGUAAUGAUAUACUGACUGGACUGGAAUGUACUACAGUACAUCAACAUGCUGUAUUUCUAUUAAUGCAGAUUAUUAAUUGCGUUAUAAACUGGAGUUUGGUCUGCUUGAUUUAAAGUCUUAUACUGUAGGUUCUCAUCCACCGACCUGAGAAGUUAGUAUGUAAUACAGACUGUAAGGUGCACUUAGCCAUCAGAGGCUGGAAUUUCAAACUGAAACUGGUUAAAAUAACAUCUCCUCUUUUUCUAUACCAAGCUUGUAUUUGUUUUGAAUGGUAUGUCAAAAUUCAGUUCUGUCAACAGCAGGGGAAUACAAUACAGUGUUGACUAUAGAGAGGAAAAAAAGGGUAACAUUUCUACACAGUCUUACAUGACUUGUGUUAUUAGAACCCAACCGAGGGGAAAAAAACAAAACAUUGAGUGCACUUAACAGACCUAUAUGUGCUACAUUUUUUCAGGUACAAAACUAAUAUGGCUUCGGGGCAGUAAAACAACUAGUCCUAAACCAGUUUUACGCAAACUUUACUUUCUCUUUUUAAAGGACACAAAGUAAAAACAAGUCUACACCCUUACCUUGGGCAGCAAUAGCUGUCAGAUCAUUGCAUCUCCUGUCUAUCCAGCCUGCCAAGCUGCUAUAAGAGCAGGAACUGCUGCACUGUUUUUAAGUGGUUACGGUACUGAAUUAGUCAAUAGCCAGAAAUCACAUGCAUGAACUUGAUAUUCAAUUAAAGCGCAACAGAUGGGUCUAAACAGAUACAUCCACAC